AGAGGAUUAAACAGUUUCUUCUGGGAACAUGGAUUGAAUUCAAUUUAAUUGGACUUGAUGAAGACUUUUCUGUAUUUCUGUUACCUGCGUGAGUGCAAGGUUUGACGCACAGGCGCACUCCCAUCAGCAAUAUAUGCAUCUAUCUACAACUCACUACAGUACCUACCAAGCUGCAGAAAUGGGAAUGUAUCGCCAUUCCAACUUACAACAGACCCCAACUAUACCUGGCUUAUUUUUAGGAAAACACAUCCUCUUAUUUACAUGCGCUCUUCUGCUCAACCUCGUGAUGCAUCGUUACUUGCCACAAAUGGAUCGUCAAGCAUACAGCCACGGCCUUUCACCUUUCUACUCUUGCAAGCGAAGCUUGUGAUGUCGGCCAACGAUUUGACCCAGCACAACUUACAAGAUUCAUGUUAUGAUCAUCACCUUCGGGCAUGGAAGGAUUUCUACAGACGAGUAAUACACGAGUUCAACUUCAUUCGUGACAUCACUGCCUCUUCCCCAAAAUGUUGGGUGCCACCUUCCGCCUGUUGAACUCUCUUGAUGAGGAGAGGACUUUACUGCCGUGUUUGGUUCUUUCCUUGAUCAUGAGGUUGUGUGACUUGGGUACCUUUGACCUUGGCGCAGUACCUUAGAACAAGGAAACUUCCGAGAUCAUCCUUUCAUCAUCCUCAUAAGUUUGCAAGACGUCUUUGGGAAGAACUGGACAGCUCAACGCUGAAAGACACCAGAUUCGGAUCUCAUCUUAUCAACAACUGUACCUGCAUCCACAUUCACAAUGGAGAAACCUACACCUAAUCCCAAGCAUCAUCAGCAUCACGCUCAUCACUCCCUCGAGCAUGAUAACCAACAACCUUCAGGCUACAAGUCCCGCGACUUCAGCUCACCGCUCGAGCCGGAGCUAGAGGAGCAGGACCUCCCGAGUGUGCCGAUCCAUACACUGCAAAGUCUGAGUGCACCAGUUGUUUGCCCAAAGUGUGGAGUAAGGGCCAUGACUAUCACAAUGGUGAAACCUGGUAGUUUCACUCUUGCCCUCGCCGGGAUUGCGUUCAUCACUACUUGCUGGCUGCUGAUGCCUCUUCCCUUUCUUAUGUCCUCGACCAAGGAUGUUCUUCAUCGGUGUGGCAAUUGUAAAAUACUUAUUGCUGAGUGGCACCGAAGGGGUCGUACUGAAGUCCUCGCCUACCCAGAAGUGGACGGGGCUAAGGAUGAGAAUAAGGAUGAGGUCAAGGUCGAGGAUAAGUCGAGGGAAAGUCACUUGCUUUGA